AUGAUGUGUAGAUCAAUUUAUGCACCCCUCUUGGUAGUUCUUAGCUUGUGUGUGAUGAAUGGGUUGAGUUGUUCAAACCCUAAUUCCGAAUCUUCUUCUGAUAUGAAUAGGGUUUCAACUCCAACCCAUUAUGAACAACCUCAGUCUUCUGAAAUAGACAUCAACAUACUUGCUAUUUCCUUUCAAAAUGGUAUGGCUCCUAACAAUAAAAAUGUGAACUUGUACUACAAUAACCAAAAAGAUGGGGUUUAUUUGUCUCCUGGUCAAGGUUUUGUUAAACUUGACAACACCAAUGGUCCUAAACCUGCUGUGAUGUAUUGGAAUGGAAACUGCAUUUCUUUCUUAGCAUAUGAUCCUAAGUCAGAAGGAAACAAUGAGAAGAUCUUUUGGUUGGUGAAAGAAGAUGGGGUUUAUCAUAGCUUGGAUAACAAAUCAUGGCAAAAAAGGAAAGGUUGGACAUUCAACCAUUGUUGA